GCCCAAGCCCAUAAAGCUCAAUUGCCCCAACCCAUCCUCGCAGCCCAGCCUCUACACAACCCGAGCAUAAAUAGGACUGAGGAGCACGGUGGAGCACACUGGAGUUUCCACCAGGACUCCUGAUAGCCCAUCUGGCCCCUGCAGCACACACCUUCAGAAGCACCAUGACCUGCGGAUCUGGAUUCAGAGGCCGCGCCUUCAGCUGCGCCUCAGCUUCCUGCGGGCCCAGGCCAGGCCGCUGCUGCAUCACCGCCGCCCCCUACCGAGGCAUCUCCUGCUACCGCGGCCUCACAGGAGGCUUUGGCAGCCGCAGCGUCUGCGGGGCCUUCCGCAGCGGCUCCUGUGGGCGCAGCUUCGGCUACCGCUCUGGCGGCAUCUGUGGCCCCAGCCCGCCCUGCAUCACCAGCGUGUCGGUCAACGAGACUCUCCUCACACCCCUCAACCUGGACAUCGACCCCAACGCGCAGUGCGUGAAGCACGAGGAGAAGGAGCAGAUCAAGGGCCUCAACAGCAAGUUCGCUGCCUUCAUCGACAAGGUGCGCUUCCUGGAGCAGCAGAACAAGCUGCUGGAGACCAAGCUGCAGUUCUACCAGAACCGUGAGUGCUGUCAGAGCAACCUGGAGCCUCUGUUCGAGGGCUACAUCCAGACGCUGAGGCGGGAGGCCGAGUGUGUGGAGGCCGACGGCGGGAGGCUGGCCGCAGAGCUCAACCACGUGCAAGAGGUCCUGGAGGGCUUCAAGAAGAAGUAUGAGGAAGAAGUUGCACUUCGGGCCACAGCAGAGAAUGAGUUUGUAGCGCUGAAGAAGGACGUGGACUGUGCCUACCUGCGCAAGUCAGACCUGGAAGCCAACGCGGAGGCCCUGACUCAGGAGAUUGAUUUCCUGAGGCGACUGUAUGAGGAGGAGAUACGCGUCCUCCAGUCCCACAUCUCAGACACCUCUGUCAUCGUCAAGAUGGACAACAGCCGGGAACUGAACUUGGACUGCGUUGUGGCUGAGAUCAAGGCUCAGUAUGAUGACAUUGCCACCCGCAGCCGGGCAGAGGCUGAGUCUUGGUACCGCACCAGGUGUGAGGAGAUCAAGGCCACAGUGAUCCGGCACGGGGAGACCCUGCGCCGCACCAGGGAGGAGAUCAACGAGCUGAACCGCAUCAUCCAGAGGCUGACAGCCGAGAUUGAGAACGCCAAGUGCCAGAACACCAAGCUGGAGACCGCGGUGACCCAGUCAGAGCAGCAGGGAGAGGCGGCCCUCAACGAUGCCCGCUGCAAGCUGGCAGGGCUGGAGGAGGCCCUGCAGAAGGCCAAGCAGGACAUGGCCUGCCUGCUCAAGGAGUACCAGGAGGUCAUGAACUCCAAGCUGGGCCUGGACAUCGAGAUCGCCACCUACAGGCGCCUGCUGGAAGGCGAGGAGCAGAGGUUGUGUGAAGGCGUUGGUGCUGUUAAUGUCUGUGUCAGCAGCUCCCGAGGCGGGGUCGUGUGCGGGGACCUCUGUGUGUCUGGUUCCAGGCCAGUGACAGGCAGUGUCUGCAGCGCCCCUUGUACUGGAAACGUGGCAGUGAGCACCGGCCUAUGCGCACCCUGCAGUUCUGGUGCACCCUGCAGAGUGGGCUUCUUAGGCAUGGGCAGCAGUAGCUGCAGGAAGUGUUAGAUGCCACCACCACCACCACCACCCCGCUCCAGCCCAGGCCCAGAUCUCUCUACAGUCAGCCUAGUCCAGGGGCCUGCAGCAAGGGGACAGGAUUUCUGUGUGAUCCUCUCUCCUGGGCUUGUGCCAUAUGGGGAUGGACUACAGGACCAUCUCCUGGUCUACCAUGGGCUCAAUAGCUAGAGUCCCCAGCCUUUUCCCUGCUUCCUCUG